AUGUCUCCUCAGUCCAUCCUCCGCGCCAGCCCGCGCAUGGCCAACAUCAUGGGCCGCCGCAUGUUCCACGCCACCCGCCCUCGCAUGAGCUCGCCUUACCACUACCCCGAGGGUCCCUACUCCAACUUGCCCUUCAACACCAAGACCAAGUACUUCGCCGUCCGCUACUGGCUGUACAUGAUCACCGGCUUCUUCGCCCCCUUCGGCAUUGCCGUCUGGCAAACCUACAAGCCCAAGGCAUAA